AUGAGCUCGCAACCGUCCAAGCCUCGCCGUACCUCGACCGUCGCGCACGAUCCCCUGGCCACACCCCAGGUCUACUACGGCGAAAGUCACUCGCGCAAGCAUGCCAGAGCACGCACCUACUCGGCCAACGUAGACCGCUCUGCCCGCAAUGCCUCGCUGUCCGAGGGCGUGUCGCAGGGCCGCCGCAUCAGCCACGACGAGAACUCGCUCCAGCCGCGCCGCUUCCUCGUCCAGGUCGACGAGACGCUGAAGACGCUCCUGUCCCGCGAAGACUCGGACGGCAACUACCAGAUCACCAUCGACGACAAAGGACCCAAGGUCCUGUCCCUCGGCACGCUCGGCUCCAAUGCCCACAACAAGUUCGAUGUGCGCGGCACGUACAUGCUCUCCAACCUGCUCCAGGAGCUCACCCUCGCCAAAGACUACGGCCGCAAGACCAUUGUUCUCGACGAAGCCCGCCUGAACGAGAACCCUGUGAACCGCCUCUCUCGCCUGAUCCAGUUCUCCUUUUGGGACGGCCUGACGCGCCGCAUCGACGGCUCCAACAUUGCAAAGGUCGGCGUCGACCCCAAGGACUGGACCGACGACCCGCGCCCGCGCAUCUACAUCCCCAAGGGCGCCCCUGAGCAGCACGAGUACUACACCCGCAUCGCCAGGGAGCACCCGGACAUGCGCCUCGACGUCCAGUGGCUGCAGGAGCCCGUCGACGACGAGAUGUACGUGCGCGACCUGAACAAGGCCCCCGGCCUGCUUGCCAUUGCCAUGGAGGAGUGGGACGAUCCUGAAACGGGAAAGAGAGAUCUCAGAGGCCUGCCUUUUGUCGUGCCCGGCGGCCGCUUCAACGAGCUCUACGGCUGGGACAGCUACAUGGAGUCGCUCGGCCUGCUUGUCAAUGAUCGUGUCGACCUGGUCAAGUCCAUGGUCAUCCACUUCUGCUUCUGCAUCAAGCACUACAACAAGAUCUUGAACGCAAACCGAACCUACUAUCUCUGCCGAUCACAACCUCCCUUCCUGACGGACAUGGCGCUUCGUGUCUACGAACGCAUCAAGCACGAAGACGGCGCCUUGGACUUUCUCAGAGAGGCCAUUCUCGCAGCUAUCAAGGAGUACCACUCGGUCUGGAUGGCCGCCCCUCGCUGCGACCCAGAGUCCGGCCUCACACGCUACCGACCCACCGGCAAGGGUGUGCCGCCUGAGACCGAGGCCUCGCAUUUCGAGCACGUUCUCGAGCCGUAUGCCAAGAAACACAACAUGAGCUUCAAGGAGUUUGUUGAAGCCUACAACUACCGCACCGGCGUGGACGAGGAGACGCUGACGGAGCUGGAUGAAUAUUUCCUGCACGACCGUGCAGUGCGAGAGUCUGGACACGACACGUCGUAUCGCCUCGAGACCGUCGCCGCUGAUCUGGCAGUUGUCGACAUCAACGCAUUGCUGUACAAGUACGAGGUCGACAUUGGACGUGUCAUCCGCAACCACUUUGGCGACAAGCUCGUGAUCCCAGCCGAGUUCUGUACUGGGGACAUGAAGCCCGGCCAGGUCGAGAACUCUGCUGCUUGGGAGCGUCGUGCUAGAAGGCGACGUGUCAAUGUCGACAAGUACCUUUGGGACGAAAAGGCCGGCAUGUACUUCGACUACAACACGAAGAAGAAGGAGCGCACCAACUAUGAAUCCGCAACGACCUUCUGGCCGAUGUGGUCUGGCCUCGCGACCCCCCGUCAAGCUCAGAUCCUUGUCGAGAAGGCGCUGCCGCUGUUCGAGGUAUUCGGCGGAUUGGUGUCGGGUACGGAGAAGUCUCGUGGCAAGGUUGGACUCGACCGCCCCAACCGACAGUGGGACUACCCCUUCGGCUGGGCGCCACAGCAGAUCCUGGCUUGGGUUGGCUUGCAGCGAUAUGGCUACGACGCCGAGGCCCAGCGGCUGUCCUACCGAUGGCUGUACAUGGUCACGAAAGCUUUCGUCGACUUCAACGGAGUCGUGGUCGAGAAGUACGACGUCACGAGGCAGAUCGACCCCCACAGGGUCGAGGCCGAGUACGGCAACCAAGGUAGCGACUUCAAGGGUGUGCCUCGCGAAGGUUUCGGCUGGGUCAACGCCAGUUACAUCUACGGCAUGACGCUUCUCAGCGCGCACCAGCGUCGCGCCCUCGGAGCUCUCACCAAGUGGGAUGACUACGAGAAGGCCAUGUCGAAUCUCGGAUUGAUCUGA